GGCCAAUCCGCGUGGCGUAUUUUAUGUUUGCAAGCGAGGCCAGUUCCAACUUGACCAUGCCAACGCAAGUCCCGCUGCUUGACGGAUCGCUCUACUACGUAGCGUACGACGCGCCCAUGCCCAAGGCGCCCGACGUCCUCUACCUCAACGCCGACUACCGCUAUAUCGCGUACUUUGAAGACUUUGGCCCGUUCCACUUGGGCACGACGAUGCAGUUUUGCGACGACCUCUCCGCGCUCGUCGCCCAAGCCAAGCGCGAGCACAAGGUCGUCCACGCGUGCACGCGCCAUGGCCUCGAAGAGCAAGCCAACAUGAUGUGCCUCCUGGGCUGCUAUGCUGUGCUGUGCGCUGGCAUGACGCCCGCCGACGCACUGCGCCCAUUCCACGACACGCAAGUAGCCUACUUUCACGACGCCACGGACGACGAGUGCUCGUUCGAGCUCUCCGUCUUGGAUGUGGUCGAAGGAUUUGCGAACGCGCUUGCGCGCAAGUACGUUGUUCGCGAUCGAUUUAGUGUGGCCGACUAUGUCCACUACGAGAGCGUCGAGCACGGCAACUUGAAUUGGAUCACGCCGCGUCUACUGGCGUUUGCAGGUCCGUCGGCGACGACGCACCCGCCGUCUUUUUUUGUCCCAUAUUUUCAACGCCACAACAUCACGCUCGUCGUGGGCUUGAACGAGCCGCUGUACGACGCCACGGCCUUUACCGAAAGGGGCAUUGAGCACGUUGACUUGAGCUUUCCGGACGGCACCACUCCCUCCGAGGUCCUCUUGCGCACCUUCUUUGAUGCGUGCAACGCGACACCAGGGGUAUUUCUUAAUGGAAUGCGCGUCAUACGGUCAGGCAUAGGCGGUCGCAGUGCACUGCAAGGCGGGACUCGGUCGCACGGGCACGUGCAUUGCUGCCUACCUCAUGCAGCACGACGGGUUCUCGGCGAAACAAGCCAUUGGCUGGCUACGACUCUGUCGCCCGGGUAGCGUCAUUGGCCCGCAACAAGACUUUCUCGUCGCCAACGAAGCGACCAAGUGGGUGUCGAUGCCGCUAAGUGUUGCCGAGCCACGUGCCAAGCUGCCAACCGCUGCUUGGAACCAAGGCGCCCAGCUCUUACUGCAGCGCAAGCGCAAGCGUUGUCCAACGCGAGAGACAAAUGCGAGCAGCGUGCGACUCAAAGCUUAGCUCUCUUCGUGUCUCAGAGUCGGCAACCAUGCGCGCGCCGGUUCGUUUGGAUUGUUUACAUAGUUUCAUCAAGUGUAUCUUCACGUCGCCAGAAGGCGCUACGGCGAUUCCGAUCUAUUGCAAAGCACUCGCUCAUCAUGAAAUGCAGCACAAUAAGAUCUGCCGUUCGUA